AUGGCAAAAUCCAAGAACAAUGCAAAGAAGUUAUCAUGCAUAUCAGUUCCAUCACAAAUCAUAAACUCCAUUUCACCUUCUUCUCUUCAAUCUCUCAUUGAUUCUCCAAAAAAAUCUUCAACAACUUCAAUCUUCACCACAAAAUCAUCAAUCUGGUUUCUCACUCUCUUUCUCGUUGGUUUCCUUGGUAUGUUCACGUUUGGCUUCAAAACUGACACCCCAUUUCCUCAAAAACCAUGUUCAACAUCUCACCAAAAGCUAUCAAUCUCAAAUAAUUAUUCAAAAUCCAAACUUGGUAUUAGCAGUGUUCUCUUGAAGAAAGAGAGGAAAAGUUUGAAAAGUGACCUUAAAGAUGAGUUUUUUGUUUCUCAUGUUGAACUUGGAGCAAAAGGGUCUAGUGGAAUUGAGAAAAAGAGCGAGUUUUGGAAGAAACCAAAUGGUUUGGGAUAUAAACCAUGUUUGAGUUUUAGCAGUGAUUAUAGGAGACAAAGUGAAAGGAUUUUAAAGGAGAGGAGAAAGUAUCUAAUGGUUGUUGUUUCUGGAGGGAUGAAUCAGCAGAGGAAUCAGAUUGUUGAUGCUGUUGUUAUUGCUAGGAUUCUUGGAGCUUCUUUGAUUGUUCCUAUUUUGCAAGUCAAUAUUAUUUGGGGUGAUGAAAGUGAAUUUGGUGAUAUAUUUGAUCUAGAACACUUCAAAAAAGUUCUAGCAAAUGAUGUGAGAGUGGUUUCAGCACUGCCAUCAACACACCUGAUGACAAGGCCAAUGGAAGGAAGGCCUCCACUUCAUGCCACUCCUAAUUGGAUCCGUUCGAGAUAUCUCAGACGACUCAAUAGAGGAGGCGUUUUGCUUUUACGCGGCUUGGAUUCAAGGCUAUCGAAGGAUCUUCCUUCUGAUCUUCAGAAGCUUAGAUGCAAGGUUGCUUUUAAUGCAUUAAGGUUUGCGGAGCCGAUUGAGAAACUCGGGAACAAGAUUGCGGAGAGGAUGAAAAGCAAAGGACCUUACCUUGCUCUACAUUUAAGAAUGGAGAAAGAUGUAUGGGUGAGGACUGGUUGUCUCCCUGGUCUAAGUCCUGAGUAUGAUGAGAUUGUAAACAAUGAGAGGAUACAAAGACCAGAGCUCUUGACUGCAAGAUCAAACAUGUCUUACCUUCAAAGAAAAAUGGCUGGUUUUUGUCCCUUGAAUGCUAUGGAAGUUACAAGGCUACUAAAAGCUCUAGGAGCUCCAAAAGAUGCAAAAAUUUAUUGGGCUGGAGGGAAACCAUUGGGCGGAAAAGAAGCUUUGCUUCCAUUAAUCCAAGAGUUUCCUAACUUUUACAAUAAGGAAGAUCUUGCUUUGACAGAAGAAUUACAACCUUUUGUAAAGAAAGCUUCUCUAAUGGCUGCCAUAGAUUACAUAGUCUCUGAAAAAAGUGAUGUUUUCAUGCCAUCUCAUGGAGGAAAUAUGGGCCAUGCAAUUCAGGGUUACAGGGCAUUUACGGGACACAAGAAAUUUAUAACUCCAAACAAGAGACACAUGCUUCCUUAUUUUCUAAAUUCUUCACUCUCUGAAGAAGAGUUCAACAGGAUAAUCAAGGAACUGCACCAGGACUCGUUGGGGCAGCCAGUGCAGAGGAUUAAUAAGGGUGGAAGGCAUGUUACCAAGUAUCCUAUCCCUGAGUGCAUGUGUAAUAAUCACUCACAUUCUCCAGCCUGA